AUGGAUAUGGAUCAGAAGAUGAUGCCUACCCAUGGUGUUGAUUCCAAUCACCCUCCUCCGCCCGGUCCCCGUCUGGGCAAUGACAGACCUCCGGCCACAGAAGAGCCUUCAGGCAAUGAUUCGGCUUUGAAAUGUUCGAAGUUCUUCAAGACCCUCCUCCAUCUCUCGCAUAAUAAUCAAAACACACCUGGAACAGCGCAAAAUGUUCAAAUCCUAGUUCAAGUAAGCGGUUUCAUUUCGACUAAACCUUGCCUAUUUGUCAAUUAUUUUAACUAUCAUGUUUUAUCAGGAUGUAAUAGCUGGAAGAAUCCAACCUGAAGAAUUCACUUCUCAACUUCAAAAUGUGUUGGGGUCUCACGCCCAGCCUCGAUUGAUCCCAUUUCUUCACUCAGCAUUACCUCCUUUGAGAUCGGCAUUAUUAAAUAAAACUGUGAACAUUGAAGGAAUUAAUGUUAAUGAAUGUUUUACAUCUACCUCGCAAUCACAGGCCGGGAGUACGGGCAUUAAACAGCCGCAGAAUCCUACCUCCGUGUCUUAUAUGCAACAAACGGUAACUUUUCAGCUUUUGGAUUUUGUUUUUUAGGCAUUAAUUGAUAUUCGAAAUUGAAUUUGAUCAGGAAUGACCUAUUGCUGGUCAAGUGAAGUUUUUACGAAAUAAGUUUGUAGGUUUCUUUUCAUUUUAAGGAAUUGUUUUGAUUCAAACAACAUUGGUCAGAGAUUCCAAUUUUAGACAAAACAUGCAAAAUUUACGAAAUUACUUCAUGUUUGGCCGAUUUAUUUGGCUACCUUCAUUUAGGGGAUGAUUUCCAUUGGUAUAGAUCGGGUGUUAAGAUUUUCAUAGCCAAUUUUUCAAAAUUUGUUGACUAGCUACCUGAUGAGUUGGCGUGGCAGCCAAAUUUUGUUUUGACGUUUGGCUAGCCAAAGUGUACAUGAAUCCUGUGGAGACUCGAAAACUGCUAACUAAAACGUUUGAACGAGUGUCAAAGAGUAGGAAAAUCCGUAAACUAGCCAUUGGAUUUACUUGGUUCACAGCCACCCCAAUUUUUCGCUAGCUAUUAAUGGAUUUGGCUGCAAUUCAAACACAUUGGCUAGUCAUUUAUGGUUUGCCUGCCACUCAUCCUACUCUGUGACACUCAUUCCAACGUUUUGGCCAGUGAUUUAUUUGAUCAUGGUCCGUUUGGCGAUUGAAUUUUCGGUUCCAGUUGCAAAUCGAGGAGUUUUUUAUUUUUGUUUUGUUUCUAGAUGGUUCAAUCUCAAGGACAGUAUGCUGAAGGCCAAUAUGGACAAAUCAAGUCUGAGAGCGGAGUGGUCUACCAACCAAUCAACCCCAUGCCGAUUCCCGUUAGUGUCCCUUUAGAUCAAGUUCAUAAUCGAAAUGGGAAUUUCUACGCGGAGGAAACCAUUGGAGUAGAGCAGAUGGAGCAGAAUAUUCUUGUUCCCGACGAUCUUCCCCCGAUGUUACUUGAUCCUCAAGUCCUGUGCAAUCGAUUGGUCGAAGAAAUGGGUGGGGAUUGUACUUCCAUUGACCCCGAGGUUUUCACAAAGUUGUCUGGCAUUGUUGAAGGAAGACUUCGAGAUUUGAUGAAUCAGUUAUCUUUGAUCACAGAACACAGAAUUGAGCCUCUAAGGUUGAAUCCUUUGUAUUCUCAAGUCAACGAGCCCAGAAGACAAUUGCGAUUUGUGGAGGAAUUGGAGAAACAGGCGUUUACCCGAAGGCAGAAUCUUGAAAGGGAGGCUUGGAUUAAAUUCUCGAAAAGCAAGACAAAGGAUAAGGAUACUGUUCAGAAGGCUAAGGAGGUGAGUGGACUGAAGGUUUUUAAUCUUUCAAAGUACCAUUUAAUACACAGUGAUUAAAUACUUAUUUGGUUUAGAUUCAACGAGCGAAUCAAGAGGAGAAUUUGAAUCGAGAAGCAAAUGAAGCAGCAAUUGCCGCUCUAGGCGGUUCUAGAGGUCAGAAGAGGACAUGGGGACAAACGGACCCUCUCAAGUCUUCUAUUUCUUCUGGGUUAAACCUACAAUUAAGUUUAUUUUACAGGAUUUACAAUUUUUUAUUUUUUCAAUUAUUACUGUUUUAUUUUUAGAUGCAAAGGCCGAGAGUCAGACGGGUCAAUAUGAAGGACUUUCUGUGUGUUUUAAACGGAAAGGGAGUCCAAAGGAACAACGUUGUCAAGUACUUGGUCGCUUAUGGUUUGAUCGAACUUCCUGCGCACAAUACGGCUGAUGUCACUUAAUGUACAUUGCAAUUAUGCUGAAUAAAUUGUAUUUAUUUCUCAUUUUGUUAUAUUUUUUAAAAGGAGGUAUGGUGUAUUUCAAACAUGUUUGGAAUUUGAAAAAUAUAAUGGAAGAAGUCAAGAUAAUAAUAGAAAAGACCGACUAAUAAUGGGCGUGUGAUGUCAUUUUCCAGGGCCAAGCGUCACGUCAAAAGUCGUUUAAAAGAGAGCUUAUCUUUGGUUUUAUCCCCAAUAUAUAGUGCUCCUGCAGGUAGACCUUAACACCUGUAGCCACGGGGUUUUUGGAGAGUGCCGUUAUUUGGAUGGAUAUUUGUUUAAUAUGGAACAAAUACAGUAUCCCGAACGAAACCUGGACGAAGAGAUCAUCUUCCGAUAUUCAUGGACGCUACGGGUCUCCCAAAGAUUACUUCAGAAUAGAGAAAAGGCCGUCUUAAAUGUCUCCCCACCAUUCUGUACAGCUUACAACGGGGUUCAAAUGACCUGGUUGCUCAGACUGUAUGAUGAUUUUCUAUUAGAUAUGGAAGAAAUGGAUCUAGAUUCUAAUUCGAAGUAUGUCCAUAUCACAUUGUACUACAAAGACGGCCCGACAAGAGAUAUCAGUUUGAGCAUGGGAAGGUAAGGUGACGAUGAAUCCAUGAGAAGUUGUUGCAGAGUGUCUAUAUACGAUCAAGAUCACACAUGCGUUAUAUCUGGCAUGAAUUUGGAAGGGUUGGAUUAUACAAAAGGAUCUGGAUGGUCUCCUGGAUGCUCAAACAACAAGCAGCGUAAAGAAGUCAGUGACUUUGUGUAUAGUAAGAUCAAUAAGAAUAUUAUAAUUACGGCAGAGCUAAGGUAAGAUUGGGUUGAGUGAAUCAUUUGGGCCACUUUUAGAUUGAAAUUCCGCUGGUUCCAGCCACUUGCUUAUUUAAUUUCACCGGCAGUUACAAAGACAAGUGAUUUAUUACAACAAGAGGGACUUGAAUUAAUCAAGAGAAUUACGAAUGGGACGAUAACCGUGCCUCAUCGGGGAUUCUUUAACGAAAACGUUUGUGAUUUUGUGGAAUUACUUUACGAGUAUUGGCUAAAUAAUCAGGACGAUAAAUCUUGUUCUUUCAGACUGAUCGUUACGCCAUUCAUAGACAAAAUUUUAUAUUUUUGUGCCAAGAAUUGUCAUAUCGAUUCGAAACACAGGUUCAAGUUGAAGACGUGAGUUGAUAAAUUGGAAUAAUUAAACUUACAUAUAUAGGUAAUGGGAAGAUUAUAUUUCGAUGGGAUUAUUGCAAAGGAAGCAGAAUGUUUUGAAGAUUACGUUGACAUUCUCGAAGCUGCGACCACUCUUAACUUCCCAUCCUUGAAGCACGAAUGUGAACGAUUUAUAUGUCAGGAAGUAAUGUUGGUGAGUAUCCUUGCUGUUGUAAGGGGAAAAACAAUUCUCAAAAUUUAAAAUAUUAUAAUUUAUACGUUUAAAGGAGUCAUCGGACUUGAGUUUCGUCAAGAAAAUGCUGAUUCUGGCUGAAAGAUUCAAGCUCAGGAUCCUGAAGAUGGUCGCCCUCGGGGUUCUGGUUGACAGAACCGUGCAGAAUGAGAAUGUUGAAACAAUGAGGAACGAAUUACUCCAGUUCGCUGUUCAAAUACAGUAAGAUUAAAUAUAAUUACAUUUAUAAUUCCGCGAACUGGUCAGUUCGAUAAAGAAUUUUGGAAAAGAGGACUUGCGGAGGAUAAUCUUCAUUUUGGGCAGAUUGGGUAGUAAGUUGUCGUUGAACUUGAGAUACUACGUAAAAAUACAAACCCACCAAAAAAUUUUCCCGGCGCGAAAACAUAAUUAUUUCUGAUAUUAUCCAUGAUGAUUUUUGUCCGACUCCUUACAUUAGGCCGAAAAGUUUGGAGGUGUUGGAAAUACAGUAGCAAUCUGAAAAAGAUCAAAAGUUUGAAGAUUCAAAAUAAAUCAAUACCCGAUCUGCCCCAAGUGAAAGGUUGUGCUUGCGGAAGGUUGCCGGAUUGCGUAACUACAGUAACCAAACAAAAACCACGCCUUUGUCUGCUCAGUUCAUGGAAUUAUAAUGCACACAUCAUGUAUUAAAAUUAAUUGUCUUUAGUGGCGCAGAGGAGUCUUCGGAAGAUUCAUCUGACUCAUCGUCAGAAAACCACCAAGUUGUAGAGUCGGUGGUCGGACAACUAGAAGUGUUGACGAAACACAUAAAAGAGGUUUCUUUGGAUGCGAUGGACAUGUGGCCACAAGUCGGAGUGGGUCCUCUUUGCAGUCCCGGUCUCUUCCCUCAAAAUUUCCUUCAAGGGCGUCGAUCAAGUCUCAAAAAUUCUCGUGAAAAUCUACCUCUUGAUGCGGAGAAAGGCAAUUUCAGACGUCGAUCGGUCAUGUUUUCAUUGCCGUCGUCUCUGAAUUCGGACAAUGGAAAUUCGAAUACUUCCAGCUCGUGUUCCACACCAUCUUAUCGGGAAUCUCGCCCUGAGUUAUUGGAAUGUGAUCAAUGGCCGCUCUUCAAUCGUCAAUACUCUACGAAUACUUUCAAUAAUCAUUCUUUUUCUGUUUUUGAUUUCGAUACUUGUGGCACGAAGUAACAACUUCGGUAACACCUACGAAGUCUGACAUUGUAUAAUUCACUUAAACGAAAUCGACCAAAUCAAAAAUAAUAUUUUUUUCUGACUGAUUUGAGUGCAUUGCCGAAGGGCAGAGAGCUUAGCAUAAAUCAUUAAACGGGGUCUCUAAACAGAAAAGGGAAGAAUUUAAUAUUGUACAGCCAUGAGAGCUCGGUCGUCUACCGAUUCAGAAGUUAAGGAAAUAAAAAAUCUCAAAUUCCGCUAUGUAUGGCCAGUCCGUGUGUCCUUAAGGCAACUGAGUCCAGGGGAGGCGACGAUCUUGCACGUCUCCCCCAAGUUUGCCACUGUUCAUGAUCAUGUGUCCUUCCAAUGGACUCUCAAAGUACAUGGUUCAGCUAAUAUGGUAUGCACUGAAUUGUCAGCAAAAUUGUUUUUAAGGACAGGGAGGAUUAUGACAAUUUCGAAGAUCUUCCCGAGGAAGACAAGGAGUACGUGGCCGUCUCUCUGUACUAUGUUGAUGGCCCUGUCAGCUCGCUGGAAUUGUUAUCCAAUAUCGAAUCUUCCUUGGCUUCUGAUCGGGAUAGUGUAAGAGAGAGUAAGUGGAUGUUAAAUAAAUUUAAUCUUUUUUUACAGUCGCCAAAGUUCAGGCUUGUCGAGGCGAGGAAGUCGAAUUGGCACCCGCAAAUCGAAAGAAACUCUCAGCCUUGGUCAAGUCUAAUGUUGGACGUCUGAUAAGAAUAGCAGUGACUUUGGAGAUAAAGGCAGACUUCUUCAAAACGGAUGCCUAUCUGAAUGCGGUCUCUCCAACUCCAUUCCAUUCAUUUCUUACAGAAAAUUACAAAGCCCGAGCAAGCAGUAAAGUAUGGAGAAGAAGAAGUCGGCAGUCUUUUAAAAGGUAGAGUGUAAUUUAUGUAAAUGCAACUAAAAAACACAUUUCAGACCAAGGAGUAAUUCCGAAGGACAUCCAGAUUGUAAGAAGAUUGAUCUGGAAAGAGCUUUUAAUAGAGUCAUGGAAAGGGAGAGGGCCUUGGAGGAUAAGGGGAAUUACUACGCAAGUGAUGACAUGUGAGUGGAUACAGUAAGAUCAAGAGAUUUCAGAGGAAAGAAACGGGAACAUUUGUUCAAGAAGCUGUUAGUUAAUUGCUGCGACUCGUGUGAACGUCGGGCUUCCUUGAUUCCAUGUCUAGCAUCAGGGGACGACGAAGAAGAUUCCGCGGAAAAAGCAGAACCACAAGAAGAAGAACACGAACACGGAGAAGAUGCCAACUGCUUCGAAUGUCCUGAAGACGACAAGGCUGAAAUACACGACGUAUCUUCAUGAAUCCCCUUCUUAGCUUAUAUUUCAGACCCUAGCCAACAUGUACUUUAACAAAGUGGCCCUGCCCCAGAUGGAGUACAUAGAGGAUUUCACCGAUUUUCUGAUCGAUGCCGAGUUAAACGAUCUUCCUGUGCUGAAGAGAGCAUGUGAGAGAUAUCUCUGUGGAGAACUAAAUACUGUGAGUUGAGAAAUUAAAUAAGGAAAGUUUAGAAACGGGAAAUCAUGACUUCUCUACUUCUUGACUUGCUGUUUAUUUCAAUGGUUUUCAAUCUGCCCGUUAUGAAAUGUAUGACUCUGACCGAAUUAAGUGAACGUUACAACGAACUGGAGACAGUUGAUAAAUUAUUGCAAAAGGAUGAAUAUAAGUAAGAAGACAUAUUUACAUAAAGUACAUUCAAAUGGUUAAACAGAAAACUUAACGAACGGAUCCAACGGAUCAGCGACAGAAAUUUGCAUGACCUCAUCGACGAAUGCAAAAAGUUUAGGGAACAGAGAGUCCGAGUACAACAACUGGAAGAGUGA